GGUUUAUUAGGUGGGGGGAGAGAGUCAUGUAUGGCGCUAGAGGGGGCUGGGUGGGGAGGAGUCAGGCCAGUCUGUCUGUCCAGACUCCCCAGCUUGGAGAGAAGAUGCCCCCAACCCAGCUCCUCUGCCUGCCCCAGAGAGCUGGAGACACAUGCAUCCCUUCUCCAAGGCCCAGGAGGAGGACGAGGAGGAGGAUAAAUACGAGCUGCCCCCCUGUGAGGCUCUGCCCCUCAGCAUAGCCCCUGCGCGUCUCCCUGGCUCUGCGGAGGACUCACUGUACCUGGAUCACUCUGGUCUCCCGAGCCCGUCCAAGACACCGCCUUCGCUUCUGCUUCCUCCGCCACCCCUGCCCCAGCCCCAGCCCGUGGUGCUGCAAGCAGGGCUGAGUCUGCAGGAGACUGUGAAGCGGGGACUGCCCUUUGGGAAGCGAGAGCUGAGCACACACGCCAGAGUGGUGCCAGGCCCUCCAAAGAAACCUGAUGAGGACAUCUACCUGGAGUGUGAGCCCGAUCCAGUUCCAGCCCUGACUCGGAGCUCCCAAUCCCCAGUGCCCCCAGUCCCUCUGCCAAGGACAUCAGUGGUGUCCAGGCCCACCAUAACCCCCCAGGAAACUAGGAGUGGAACAGCGGAUGCCACCUCUAAAGCAGGAAGGAGACCCUCUUUUUCCUCUUUAACCCCCAGAAGGAAAACCUCAGCUACCGAGGAUGGCAGCCUGCUGGGUCAGCCUUGGUACUCAGGAAACUGUGACCGCCGUGCCGUUGAAAGUGCCCUCCUCCGCUUGCAAAAGGACGGGGCCUACACCGUGCGCCACAGCUCAGGGCCUCAGGGCUCCCAGCCCCUCACCCUGGCAGUGCUUCUCCGUGGCCAUGUCUUCAACGUUCCCAUCCGGCGGCUGGAUGGCGGGCGCCACUAUGCCCUGGGCCGGGAGGGCAAGAACCACGAGGAGCUCUUCUCCUCCGUGGCUGCCAUGAUCCAGCACUAUGCGAAGCAUCCCUUACCCCUUGUGGACAGACACAGCGGCAGCCGGCAGCUGACCUGCCUGCUCUUCCCCACCAAGCCCUGACACCACGGUUGGAUGUACCAUCCACCUCUGGCCCCAUAGCUUGAUCCCUGGCACUCCCUAUUUGGGCUAUCUUCCUUUUCCUUCCUAGUCUCCACUCCAGUCCCUCUUCAUCCCUGCAGGUCCCGGAUGAGAACCAUUGGGAAAGGUUGCCCAGAGAGAGAAAGGGUCCCUGAGACCUCACCUCAUGCUCACUCAGAGCCUGGCCCUGCCCCUCCCUGCUGUAUCUCCAAGGCUGGCAGCAGCAGGCAGGCAGAACCCCAUUCCCAGUCUCUAGGACUGGCUUGUCCAUCUUGUCUAUUAGGGCCUCCCAAGCUGCUCUGGAUGAAGGCAUGGUGGCGGCUUAGAGAGGUCAGCCUCCUUGGGGAAGCUGAGCCUCUGGGGGACUGCACAGGCACUCCCUGAACAGCACAGAGAGAAUCCGCCAACAUUCUCUUGGGAGUUUAGCACAGGGCUAGCAUAUGGGAGGGACUUGAUUGCCCCGCACAUUUUACAAUUUCAAUAAACAUUUAUGGAAUGAAUUACUGACUCUGAGGAAAGCAGAGAUGGUCUCUGUCAGGCUCCAUGGUACCAAAGCAUUCCAGGGGACAGCUGGUGUGUGGGAAUCGCGCGUCCUUGGGCCAGGAAGGGCCAAGCCAGGCCAGGAAGAGUCAGCCUGGUUUCUGCCCCCCUCCCAUGGGGCUUUUGCCCUUAGAUAAUCUGUGCCAAGGAGCAGGGAGGCCAGCUCUGGGUGGCUGAUUUGGCAGAGGGAGGAAGAAGGCUCAGGCUGCCUCUGUCGCCCUGUUAAAUGAUGAGGGUAGUGUCACUUAACUAUUUGUCCAACACCUAGUAACUGUUCAGUGUUCCACGGGGCAGAGAAAGAUGGGCUUGAUUUUGGGGAGUCAGGGGGACCCCAGGAAACAACUGGGUAUUAGACGGGCCAGUACUAGAACCAAAACCUAGUGGGAUUAGUGACCGGCCCGGAAUGAUCCGGCGCAGAAGGCUGAACGCUGGUGUUCUGAGCAAGCCAGACGGUAGAGCCAGACCCUGGGGACAGUGGGAGGUGGAGAGACGCAUCCAAGCGGAGCAGCCUCGUCAGGGCGUGGACGCGGAGGCCGGGCCGAGGCUCCGGGGAUCCGAGGGGCUCGGACGUGGGCCUGUGGAGAGGGGGCGCACU